CAGCUCUCUUGAUUGUUGCUGGUGCUGCCAUUUAUCCAAUUGGUUGGGAUAAUAGAGAAGUUCGAGAAUCUUGUGGAAACGCAUCGCACGUUUAUAAAUUAGGCACGUGCGAGCUGUCGUGGUCCGUGUACAUAUUAUCCGCGGCAGUACUGGUCUUGUUGCUGUGCUUCUGUUUGAGUUUUUGUGCGUCUCGCGUCAAGGCGGGAUCUUUUCGGAUCUGAGUCUACAGCGCCGGCAUGCUAGUCGACGCGGUGUAGACUCGACCAAAAACCAAUCUUCACCGACACUGACAAAAAAUAAAAAACAGGAAUCAAACCGCAGUUCUAAACGACAGAAGAGAGAUUCUCCUGAACCAGAUAUGGAAGUCAGAAAUAGUGCAAACGGCAUUGAUGUGAACGGUCAAAUGCUUUACCCAAAUGGCGUCAGGUCUAAUGGAGAGCUAUUGGAUGUAGGAAAUACUUCUGCGGCUGCCGAACGUUUGGCGCACAUUUCUGAUAAUGGAGAUAUUUCGCCAAUUUUUAAUGCAACUCUUAGAAAGAGUGCUGGAGGUUCUAUGAGGUUGCAAAGGAGUCAAACAAGUGGAAGACUAUCCCAAGAUAGUUCAAAUCAAGCUAUUAAAAAUGGUGUUACUGAUGGAGUGAAAAAUCUUAUUCCCAAACAUUCUCCUGCAGCCCCUUCACCUCCAAUUAGGCGUGGUUCAAUAGAUGUUAAUAGUUCACUAAAUAGAACAUGCACCAGUUCUUGUGAUCGUGUGUAUUCAAACUCUAAAAUUAAUCAACCUUUAGUCUUAGGCGAAUAUUUGUUAUGUGACGAAACUCUUAAUAAAGAGUUGAAAACAUUUAAACCUAAACGUGUUAAAAAUGACAAUGAAAAUUUUACUCAAGAAGAUAGAAUUGCCGUGCAUGUUAUUGAAAUGGUUGCAAAUGGACAUGAUGAGGAAAAUGUUGUACCGAAAUGUUUGAAAAUUGAUUCAGAAAUGUUUACUUGA